AUGAGUCGGGCCCGGCGUCAUGUUCUAGGCGCUUGCCUCGGGGCUUUCCUAUUGCUCCUGCUCUAUCGUUAUCACCGCAACAACGAUGCACCCAAAGUCACCCUGAAUGUUGAAAUCAACCCGAACUAUCUAUGGAGAAAACUACCAGUGCGAUACCCGGUUGCUGAAUUGCAUCCACUACCUGUUACACUGCCCCAGACGCUCCCCAAGGUUCAACCGGCAGACUCCGAAGUCUCUCGUCUCAAAAUCGACCGCCAAACAACUAGACAGUCGGUCGUGAAAGAAGCCUUUGAACGAUGUUGGAAGUCAUAUCAGUCACUUGCUUGGGGCGCAGAUGAGCUUGCGCCUCUCAGCGGUGGCCCUAAAAAUAAAUUGGGGGGUUGGAGUGCUACGAUAAUUGACAACCUUGACACACUGUGGAUUAUGGGGAUGCACGAUGAGUUCAAAAAGGCCGUGGCUGUGGUCACGGAUAUCAAGUUUGAAAAUACACAGUCGCCUGAAAUUAAUACCCAUCAAGUCAACAUCCAUUUACUCGGAGGCCUGCUAGCGGCAUUUGAUCUCAGCGCUGAUCGGAAAUUGCUGAAAAAGUCUAUCGAGCUGGGCGAUAUGCUUUACGCUGCCUUUGAUACCCCGAACAGAAUGCCCAUCAUCCAUUGGAAUGUGCAAAAAGCUGCUCGCCGAGAGGAGCAGCUUGCAGAGGGAAGUGCACUCGGUCCAGAAAUAGGCUCCUUCACAUUGGAAUUCACAAGGCUGUCUCAGAUCACCGGUGACCCGAAAUACUACGACGCGGCCCAACGCGUCAUGGAAUUAUUUGACAAGCAACAAGACGCCACCAAGCUCGCAGGUAUGUGGCCUGUCAGUGUGAAUGCCAGUGAAGAACUUCUUGACGACGAUUUCUUCACAUUGGGCGCCGAAGCAAGCUCUCUGUACAUGUCGCUACCUCGGGCAUACGCUUUGCUAGGAGGCCAAGUGCCCAUGUAUCGUAAGAUGUACGAGAAUGCUACGCGCACGGUCGCAGGCUAUACUUUAUUUCGACCGAUGAACCCCGAGGGCAAGGACGUGCUCAUUUCUGGCACUGUCCAAGUAGCCAUGACAGAGAAUGGGAAUGAACAAACACACCUAGAGCCGCGAAUGCAGUACCAAUCUUGUUUUGCAGGGGGUAUGUUUGCACUAGGAGGCGCUUUACUCAACAUCCCUACGCACCAAGAAACCGCCCAUAGGCUGGUCGAUGGAUGCAUCUGGGCUCACCGGGUCAUACCGCUGGGGAUAAUGCCUGAAGCCUUCGAUGUGGUUCCAUGUGCGUCGCAAAAGAACUGCCCAUGGAACGAGUGGCACUGGAAGCAGGAGGUCUGGAAAAAGGCGAACAGCCUCGAAGCCGAACCAAAUCCAAAUCUCAACGUCGAUACUUUCAUUAAAGACCACCAUCUACCCAAGGGAUUCGUUGGGAUCCCGGAUACUGCUUAUAACUUGCGCUCAGAAGCGAUCGAGAGCAUGUUUACUCUCUACCGCAUCAGUGGUCGCGAGGAUCUACUCGAUGCAGCUUGGGAUAUGUUCCAGGCAAUGCAAAGUGCGACGCAGACGAAGAAUGGGAAUGCAGCGAUCGUUGCUGUCACGGAUGAGGGUAGUGAACUGACCCUCAAAGACUCAAUGGACAGCAUUUGGAUGUCGCAGACACUCAAAUAUUUCUAUCUCAUGUUCAGCUCUCCAGACCUGAUUAGUUUGGAUGAGUUUGUUUUCAAUGCUGGAGGGCACCCACUGAAACGUCCCGAGGCAUCAUGA